AUGAAUAUUUCAAAUACGGUUGUUUCGACUGUAUUAAAUAGUGGAACUAAUAAAUUAUUAUGGAGAGCCGGAUGGACGGCGUUAAUGAAAAGUUCAAUGAAUUAUGGAUCUAAAAGAUUUUUGCAUUUAAGAAAUAAUAAUAUAAAUGUUUCUAAUACAUUAUUGUAUAAUAGAUCGAACAAUCUAAUUACUAAUAAAAGAUAUUAUUCUGAUAAGAAUAAGAAGAUUAAUGAUAAUAAUGAAAAAAAUAAUACUAAUUCAUCACCUUCUAUGUUACCUAAGGAUCCUAUGGCAACAACAGCAACAAGUGAUGCUGUUAAUCAUGCAGUUCUAGCAAAACAAGAACAACAAGCAAAUAAUGAUAUUACUAGUGCAGAUGCUCAAGCUAUUUUUUAUAAAUUAUUAUUAAAGGCAAAUUAUCCACAAUAUGUAGUCUCUAGAUUUGAAACACCGGGAAUUGCUUCUUCGCCAGAAUGUAUGGAAUUAUAUAUGGAGGCUCUACAAAGAAUAGGUAGACAUUCAGAAGCAGAUGGUGUGAGACAAACUUUAAUGACUGCAAGUUCCGCAGGAGCUGUUAAUCCUUCUUUGGCAUCAUCUGGUACUAAUAACCCAAAUUAUCAUACUAGUCCAGGGCCUUCUUUGUAUAAUCCUUUCUAUGGAUCUAAGAAAGAACCAUUACAUGUCAUUGUCUCAGAAUCAACUUUCACUAUAAUCUCAAGAUGGGUGAAAUGGUUAGUCUUCUUCGGUUUAUUAACUUAUGGUUUAUCUGAAUUGUUUAAAUAUGUUACAGAAAAUACUACACUAUUGAAAAAUUCGGAAGUCGCUGAUAAAUCUGUCGAUGUGGCAAAGACAAAUGUUAAAUUUGAUGACGUUCAAGGUUGUGAUGAAGCUCGUGCUGAAUUAGAAGAAAUCGUUGAUUUCUUAAAGGAUCCAACAAAAUAUGAAGCUCUUGGUGGGAAAUUACCAAAGGGUGUACUAUUGACUGGACCUCCAGGUACUGGUAAGACUUUGUUAGCAAGAGCUACCGCAGGUGAAGCUGGGGUUGAUUUCUUCUUUAUGUCAGGUUCUGAAUUCGAUGAAGUAUAUGUUGGUGUGGGUGCUAAGCGUAUUAGAGAUUUGUUUUCACAGGCUAGAGCUAGAGCACCAGCCAUUAUUUUUAUCGAUGAAUUGGAUGCUAUCGGUGGUAAACGUAAUCCUAAGGACCAAGCUUAUGCUAAACAAACGUUGAAUCAAUUGUUGGUUGAAUUGGAUGGGUUCUCUCAGACUUCGGGGAUUAUUAUCAUUGGUGCUACUAACUUUCCUGAAUCCCUUGAUAAAGCAUUGACAAGACCAGGUAGAUUCGAUAAGAUAGUUAAUGUCGAUUUGCCAGAUGUUCGUGGUCGUGCCUCUAUCUUGAAACAUCACAUGGAAAAGAUUACUUUAGCAGAUGAUGUUGACCCGACUCUUAUUGCACGUGGUACUCCUGGUCUUUCUGGUGCUGAAUUGGCAAACUUGGUGAAUCAAGCAGCUGUAUACGCUUGUCAAAAGGAUGCUGUCUCUGUUAAUAUGAUUCAUUUGGAAUGGGCAAAAGACAAGAUCCUAAUGGGUGCUGAGAGAAAGACUAUGGUUUUAACUGAAGCAGCAAGAAAAGCUACUGCAUUCCAUGAAGCGGGUCAUGCAAUUAUGGCAAUGUUUACCGCGGGUGCUACUCCAUUAUACAAGGCUACCAUUCUACCAAGAGGUAGAGCCUUGGGUAUUACAUUCCAAUUACCUGAAAUGGAUAAAGUGGAUACCACAAAGAAGGAAUGUUUAGCACGUCUAGAUGUGUGUAUGGGUGGUAAGAUUGCUGAAGAAAUAAUUUAUGGUAAAGAAAACACUACAAGUGGAUGCGGUUCUGACUUACAAAGUGCCACUGCUACAGCAAGAGCCAUGAUUACUCAGUAUGGUAUGAGUGAUUCAGUCGGUCCGGUCAAUCUUUCUGAUAAUUGGGAUAGUUGGUCAAACAAAAUUAGAGAUGUCGCGGAUAAUGAAAUUAUUGAAGUCCUGAAGUCUUCUGAGGAUAGAACCAGAGGCUUAUUAAACAAAAAAAGUGUUGAAUUACAUAGAUUGGCAGAUGGACUCAUAGAAUACGAGACAUUGGAUGCCAAAGAAAUGGAAAAGAUUUGUAGAGGUGAAUCGAUCAACAAAAUUAAAAAUUCCACAAAUAAAGUGAUUGAUGGUCCAGAUAGCGAUGAACGUAAAGAUAUCGGAGGUAGUAAACCAAAGAUACCGACUCUUAUUAAUGCCUAG